AUGAAGCCCCAGGGCCUCUUAAGCAACAUGCCGAGACCCCACGAAAUAUCGUGGGGAGAUCAACCCGUCAUGGCCGACAUGACUAGAGUCACUCCUCUCCGCCAUUACCCUCGUUUUCACAGUCCGAGACAUCCAUAUGAUCAGGCAGUCACGAAGACGGGCACUCAAGAUGCCGCGGUGCUCGGCCACGUCGCCGCCCUUCUCGGCCACGUUGCCAUCCUGCUCGACCGCGCCGCCGUCAUUGGGCUGCGGCUCUUCGGCGCCAUAUUGCGCGUUCCCGGCGGGCGCCGGCAACGAGACCCGGCUGCCCCGUCGGGCAGUCGCCACGAGGGAACACUACUCCUCGCACUUCUGAUCAAAGGCUGCAUGAGCGGCGUCGUAAUGGGCCUUGGCCCUGGACAGGCCCGCUUUGGCGUCGCGGACGGACUGCAGGUACCAUUUUGUGUGAGCAGGAAUAAAACAGACGUUGGAGUGUGUGGGAUGCUGUUACUUCAUCAUCAGUAAGAGCCAGAUCCGAGAGCGAGUCGCGCCAAGCACGAUUCCAGUCAACAUCAUGCUCGGCGUCCCGGAGGGCCGCGCCCAGCUGGGCGACUUCGGCGCCUACGAUCGGGCUGAUGGUGUUGUGGUCGCAACCCCCUUUUCUGGCGUCGCGACAGGUGAUACACUUUUGGCUAUUGCCAUCUAUGAUCUCGUCAAUAUGUCUGAACCAUAUUUAUAUAAAGGGAUCGGAUGGUUUUACUCUUGUCAUCGCGGCAGAUAAUGUGUGGGUUUCGAUCGUUGCAGGCUCUACGGAUGCAAGUCGAGCACCACUCAUCGACGGCGCGGAUCACGCUAACGAGGAUAUCAGGUUGUCAGUAAAAUAAUCCCAGUCGUCUUUGAAGGAAUGGAACAAGUUUCCAUACAGACGCUCGAGACGACGGCGU